AUGAGGCUUGUCAAGGAUCAGAAAAUAUAUGAAGUGAUUACGGACUUCGUUUCACAAUUUUGGAAUAUAAAAAUUGUGUCGGAAGCUUGGUCGCUUGUCUUGUCGCUGCUGGUCGUCGCAGGAGUGAGUCACGGCCUCCCAGCCGUCGUCACGGCCCCUCCUCAAGUGGCCGCCCAGUGCCCCUACACGCCGGGGCCGAUCCCUCUGCUGCUGCCCAACCCCGUCGACUGCGGCUCCUUCUACAUGUGCAGCUGGUACGGGACGGCCCUGUUGCAGCACUGUCCUCCUGUGCUGCACUUCAACGCCAAACUGCAGGUGUGUGAUCUCCUGAACACGCCAACUGUGCCCAGAAAACCACAACUGCUCCUGUCUCCAGCACCACUACUGCUGUGCCAGUCUCCAAUCUGUUCCCGUCGCCAACGUUACUACAGCUACCCAGCCUCCAAUAUAACUUCAGCUGUUCCAGUCAACAGAGCAGCCACAGCAGGAGUGAGUCACGGCCUCCCAGCCGUCGUCACGGCCCCUCCUCAAGUGGCCGCCCAGUGCCCCUACACGCCGGGGCCGAUCCCUCUGCUGCUGCCCAACCCCGUCGACUGCGGCUCCUUCUACAUGUGCAGCUGGUACGGGACGGCCCUGUUGCAGCACUGUCCUCCUGUGCUGCACUUCAACGCCAAACUGCAAGUGUGUGACUCUCCUGAACACGCCAACUGUGUCCAGAGAACCACAGCUGCCCAUGUCUCCAGCACCACUACUUCUGCCCCAGUCUCCAAUGCGACCACAGCUAUUCCUGUGUCUAAUAUAACUACAGUUGUUCCAGUCAGCAAUGUAACCACAGCUGUUCCUAUCUUCAACGGAACCACAGCUGUUCCUUCUCCACUGUGA